AAAUGGAUUAAAACCAAACUCUCGCAAGAUCGCCAAGGUGCACGAGACUUGGAAAAGCGGAAUCACAAAUGAACUAAUUACCUGUACGAACAACUGAAUGCAUUAAAAUGAAUCCUGAACCUACCGACAGUUUUAAAGAAAAUAACUUUAAUUUUCAAACACACCAAAUGCCAAAUUGGGCAAAAAAUUCUCGCGCUGGUGUUGUCAUUGAUUACAGCCCGACAUCUCUGGAAUUUACAAAUAGUGGAUCAACUGGAAGUGGACAAGACUAUUUUGGAGGAAGUAGCGGGAAUAUUGAGACCCCUUCAGCUUUUUUACAAGCCCAGGUUAUUUCUCCAUUAAAGUUUAACAACAGUGAAGAAAGAAACAGAGUUCUACAGGAUUUAUCAGGAGAUUAUAAUAAUAGUGACAAUUAUGAUGGUGAUUUUAGUAGCGAUGGAGGUUACCAUGGUUACAGUGGUAGUUUCCCUAGCAACCAUGGAACUAAUAAUCGGAGUCUAAAUGGAACAGAUAAUGAUAGACAAAACCUUCAGCAAAAUAAUCACAACUCUAUUGGAUAUGGAAAUAUAUCACAUGGUUACAGAAGUGCAUCAAAUGGAUUAAAAUCGAGUGAUUCUAAUGGCUCUUUGCAGUCAAGGCAACAUAGCAUGGAUGGAGUUAAUUCCCAGGAAUUUGAUUCAAACUCGAACUCACCUCAUACGAAUGGAUUCAUUCAAAGUAACUUAAAACCAAUGAUGGGACUCAGUAUUCCUAACCAAAAUUUUAUGCAAGCUGUUAAUUUCGACAAUCUAUUGGGUAAUUCAGAGGAGGAUGGUGAAACAGCCAAGAUAGGUGGCACUCAUGGUGAUAGCGAGGAAGAAAACUAUGAAGAAUCAUUAGAGUAUCAAAGUUUGAAUGAUAGUGAAGAAUGUCUUGAUCCAAGUAUAGAGCAACAACAAGCCAAGCAGCAGACAAAACUACUCCAUCGUUUCAAGCAGCUUCGUGAUUGGCAGAAGGAGCAGCAGGAGAGACUAAUCAAGCAACAACAAGAACAGCUAGAGAAGUUACGAGGGGAACAGUCGAGGGUGCAUGAAAUGAUCUCUCGUCAAAGGGAAGCUAAAUGGGGGUCUCCAGAUAAAAGCCCCAGGACGCAGAUGUCAACCCCACCCAAAGCUAAACAACUACAGAGUUCCAUACCUCAAGCUUUAGCCCAGGGGGCUAUGCUGAAGAGAUACAGUACUGACCAAGAUAACCUCACACAGGGGGCAUUUAUGAAGACGUAUGGGGCCACUCAGUUGUCACAGAUGCUCCCAGUGCUACCAGACCCUGUUGCAGAUGUUAAUUAUCCUCCCUCUGAUGAUGACCAACAUGAAGACCUCUACAGUGAAACAGAUGACCAGAGUGUACAAUUAGAAGAGGGAGUGUACCCACUGAAUGACACAGCCUCAGAUAUAAGUGAGCCUACCGACCCAACAGUGCCAUUAUUUGAGAAACAACAAGAGAGAUACCAGACAAAGGACCUCAGUGUUAUCAUUGAGGAAACAAGUUUGAAUGAGUCAAAGAUGUCCACCCCAGGUGCCAAAAACCAUCAGCAUAUUGAGGAAGGUUCAACUAGGGUCACUGCUCCAACCCUGGAUGACAGACCCUCAGAUGAACCCCACUCUGCAAAGAGAGACAGUCAAGAUAGAGCUCUGAGAAGUGGUAAUGUUGAUGAUAUUGAGAUUCAUCCUAAAUCAUUUGGGGAAUUGUUAGAGGAACAACUGAAGUUGGAGGAACAAAGGAUGAAAGAGAACCUUGCAGCGGUUCCUCCCUCUCCCCAAACAUCAGGGUCAGGUAGUCGCAAGAUUCCAUUUCUCAGGAAAGGAGAAGGCAUAGCCAGGUUUGGCAUGACACACCCAAUGAAGAAGACUUCACCUCAAGCAAGAAAUUCUCCUGUGUCAAAGUCUCAGACUACAAACCUCACAAGGAAAGUUGCAGCACCAAAUUCCCCAUCUAGUCACACAUUUAACUCCCCUUCAAGUCACACAUUUAACUCCCCAAUCACUCAGAUGUCAAAACUACAGAAUUCACCGAUAACUAAACUCAAACUGAAGCCAUCUCCACAGAAAACUAACCCAGCAUUGAUCUUAGAAAAAUCAGACCAUAUGAACAAUGGACAGAAAUUUAACCCUGCAUUGAGGGCCCAGCAAGAAGCUUCUACUGAACAUCCUGAGAGGCAGGAUGAGGAAAUUGGAGAAGUGUCAUUUGAGACAUCAUUUCAACAAAAUAUGAAGCGACGUGAGAAAGAAGAACAUGUUGAGAAAAAUGAACUGGAAGAAUUUGAAAUUCUUGAGAUAUAUGCUGAGAACACCUCGUUCUGUAGUACUUCAUCAAUAGUUCAGAAUGCAAUGAAUAGACAGGUAGUCCCUCCUUCGCCCCUAACCAAGUCAACCAUCCUUGAAGAAAACAGGAAGGAACAAGAGUUACAGAAUGACACAUUGGAGAACCUCAGUUUGGACUCUGAUUCAGAGUCAGAAUCAAGUGACAGUGAUAUCCUGGAUCAUGAUGAUACUAUUGUUGAAGAAAAUAUCCCCAAUGAAGUAAGACAACCGAUGCAAAGAAAAAUUGCAGCCAGUAAUAAGCAACAGUUUCCUCAUGAAAAUAAGGAAGAAGACUAUUUCCAAAGUGAUCAAAAUCAACCAAAUGUCAAAACAUCAUCGAUGAAUCCUCAUAGAAUAUCAACUGAUAACAAUGUUGCUGGGUCAGAAACAGAGGAUGACUUCACAAGUGGAGUGGAAGAUAAUGAAGACUCUGAUAACGGCAAAUAUACAGAUUCCAGAAAAGCUGUUAUCAUGACAACUGAGCCUCAUUAUGAUGAUGAGGAAUCCUGGGGUGAUGAAAGUAUCCAUGAUAAAGAGCCACCUGCUGCCAAAAAGGACACUGCUAUUCCAUCAACAUCUAAGCUAAUGAUGAAGAUAUUCCCAAGUCUGAAGCCUCCUAAAGUGAAACCAGACCAGGUUCAAUCCAACAAGCAAGAUACUGGUCAAAAGGUGGCGCCAGCAGAUGGUGUUCAAUCAAAGGCAUUAAGGGACAAAUUACAAGAACUUGAGCAUGAGAUUGAGAGGUUUCGAGCAGAGAACAAGGCACUAGCAGAAAUGAAGAAACGACAAGAAGAGGGUCUAAGGGCAUUAAAACAAGAAAGCGAAGACUUUCAAAAAAUGAAGGAUGAAGAGCUGAAGAAAUUGCAAGAUUUCAAGGCUGAAGAAAUGAAAAAGCUAAAACAUGAGAAGAAAGUGUUUGAGAAGUACCAGAAGUUAUCAAAAGCAGUUCCCGAUAAGAAAGAAAGAGAGGAAAUAGAAAUGCUCAAAAAUCAGCUCUCUGAUCUCCAAGAUGAACUCAAACGCAAGGAAAGUAGAUGGAACGCGAGUACUACACGCCUGAGGAACAGGGUGGAAACUGUCGAGAAAGAAAAUACUGAGUAUAAAGAGGAGCUAAAGUUGGUCGAGAAGAAAAGACUUGAACUUUGGCAGAAAGAGCAAACUUUAAUCCAACAAUCAAAGAGAAGGUCAUCACUCGAAUGGGAUAAGCAGAAAAGAUCCUCUCAAAAGACAUCUUCAUACAUCACCAUGGAAACACUAUCACCAUCAUCAAAUUCACCACCCAACCCAACUAAUGCUAAUGUAAGAACAAGCCCAAGAACCAUACAUAGUGACUAUAGUAAUGAACCACUUGCCACAAGGCAGCAGAAUCAAAAUGGUGAUAUAAUGAAGACUCAUAAGGAAAAAACAUUAAAAAAUACAAAACAAACUGAUACAGUGAUGUCAAACCCCAAAAGUGCCAAUAUAAAAGAUUCGUCUCUAGUACAAUCAAAUAAAUCUGAAGUGACCAAUAAACUGAAGCAGCAAGGUGGAGAUUUGGGGCUAAAUAAGGGGGGAAAUAGGAAUAAUGGUCCAGUUCUUAAGCCAAGGUCACCGGGGCAGGAAGACACACCUAGGAAACAGAUACAGAUGGAAACAAAUAAUGAAAGCAGUGUAUCAGCUGAUCAGAUGAAAGCAAUACCCAGAAAGCAAACUACAAAGUUCAGUGUUGCCAACGAAGUAGAAAAAGGUGAUAAGGAAAACUUUGAGGAACUACAACAUGCGGAUGGAAAGGUUGAGAGACAGUAUGCAAAUGGAGCCAAAGAAAUCUAUUUCCCCAAUGGGACUAGGAAGCAGAUCUCAAGAGAUGGCAGUUACAUUAUUGUAUCUUUCUUCAAUGGGGAUGUGAAACAGAUAUUUCCUGAUCAGAGAGUGGUGUACUACUAUGCAGAUGCUCAAACCACUCACACCACCUAUACUGAUGGUCUUGAAGUUCUGCAGUUUGCAAAUGACCAAAUGGAAAAGACUUACCCCGAUGGAACUAAAGAGAUAACUUUUCCAGACCAAGCUAUAAAGUAUCUUUAUCCCAGUGGUCUUGAGGAGAGCAUAUUUCCCGAUGGUACUGUCAUACGUGUAGAUACACAGGGAGUAAAGACACUGGAGUUCUCUAAUGGACAGAGGGAAAUUCAUACAGCACAAUACAAGAAACGUGAAUACCCAGAUGGUACUGUAAAAACUGUUUACCCAGAUGGGCGCCAGGAGACCAGAUACGCCAAUGGUAGACUCAGGGUCAAAGAUGCCGCAGGAAAUGUAACCAUGGAUAAACGCACUUAGCCACACCCUUGCCACUGGGGAGACUGUUGCUAUGAAACUGGUUCAUAUUGCAGCUAGAUAUGUUACUAUAUAUAGAGACAGAUUCAAAUUUGAGACUCAAAAUCAAGGACAUGGCAAAGAAUGUUCCUUUUGUGAAGCAAACU